UCGAAAUGACCUCUUCAUCUUUCUUUCAGUCUGCAAAUGGACAAAUUUUUUUUAGGGAAAUCCGCAUCGGUAAUGGCAAACGCUUGGAAUUCUUAAAUAGGUGCGGAAAUUUGGUACCCAAGUCAACGGAGUUGUUGCUGCUUAGCUAAGCCUCACCCCAUUAAACUUCGUAAUAAAACUCUAAAUGCUCACAUCUCAAGCUGUGUUCCAAUCCCAAAUUUGUCAGUCCAUGUGCAGCAGCCACUUCAAACAUAUGAGCUACCAGACAGCACUGUAGAUUCAUCAGUAAGUUUCAUGUUCCAUUGGAUAUUUUGUUUUUUUCUUUUCCUUCAGAAUCAUCUGUUUUUGAUCUGGUUCAACCAUUAGGACUUUAGUUUCAAUGGCCAGGGAUCACAAGUCUGUAGUCUUGAGCUUUCGUUGUCUAUGCUCCAUCAUCUUCAUCCUCUCCGGGUUUUCGAUCGCUUCAUUCCUCUGUUGGUUUCACUGCACCAGUACUAGUCCAUGCCAUAAGCAAACUCAAAUACCAGGCCGCUAUGAAGAUCGACCUAUCGACCUCCUCACAUUUGCUUCUGCGUGGAACUACCUUGAUUUCACCCCGGGGCGGCCUCCGAAACUCCUCAAGAUUGCCGUCUUCGUCAAGAAAUGGCCUCACAGAUCUCACGCAGGCGGACUUGAGAGGCAUGCCUCGACCCUUCACAUAGCGCUCGCCAAAAGAGGCCACGAGCUCCACAUAUUCACAACUUCUCCUCCGAACUCGUCCUUCCCGAAAUACCCGAUAAGCAGUUUGUACUUUCAUCUCUCUAAGCCAACCGCUGCCGGUUAUCUGGACCAAGCACUGGUGUGGAAGCAGUUCCAAUCUCAGAAUUCCACCGGUAGACCAUUCGAUGUGAUCCACACAGAGAGUGUCGGUCUGAUGCACACUCGGUCGCGAAACAUAACCAACGUAGCUGUAAGCUGGCAUGGAAUAGCUUAUGAGACCAUACAUUCCGACGUCAUUCAGGAACUUGUUCGUUCUCCUGAUGAGCCGCAGUCGUACUCAUUGACCGAAAGAGUGAUGAGGGUGGUCGAAGAGGUGAAGUUUUUUCCGAGUUAUGCUCACCACGUUGCCACCAGUGAUCACGCUGGAGAUGUACUGAAAAGAGUUUACAUGAUCCCUGAGGAACGAGUCCACGUGAUCCUUAACGGCGUGGAUGAAAAUGUUUUCAGGCCAGAUAUCAUCAGCGGUGGGGAUUUUAGAUUGAAGUUUGGGAUUCCGGAUUCUAAAAACCUGGUCAUAGGAUUGGCAGGUAGGUUGGUUAAAGAUAAAGGACACCCGUUAGUGUUCGAAGCCCUAAAGCAGCUACUCAAGGAAAACAAAAAGUUCAGAGAAGACGUCCUUGUUCUGGUUGCCGGAGACGGUCCCUGGGGUACCAGAUAUAGAGAUCUAGGUUCUAAUGUUCUGGUUUUGGGGCCUCUAGAACAGGCUCAAAUUGCAAGAUUCUAUAAUGCAAUUGAUAUCUUUGCAAACCCAACUCUUCGAGCUCAAGGAUUGGAUCAUACUCUGUUAGAAGCAAUGCUUUCUGGUAAGCCGGUCCUUGCCACGAGGCUUGCCAGUAUAACUGGGUCUGUCAUUGUUAAUGCAGAUGUGGGAUACACAUUUCCACCCACGGUGGAAUCGCUAAAGAAAGCUCUCUACAAGGUUUGGGGUGAUGGCAGAAUCAUUUUGGAGAAAAAAGGGCAAGUUGCCCGGCAUAGAGGCUUGCAUUUGUUUGCCGCCACCAAGAUGGCUGCUGCCUAUGAAAGGUUGUUUUUGUGUAUGUCGAACGAUUCGGCAAAAGGAGAAAAUUUUUGUAAAUACGAGGAUCCACUACCCUAAAGCUUGCAAAUGGUAACGAAGAUUACCCAAGCAACUUGAGAGGUGCAGCGCUUUCUGAGGCUGAGAGGAUUCCCAAGAACAAAUGCGUUGUGAAUAAAUCAGCAGUGCUAGAGCGAGGUGUUUUGAGAACUGAGGAAACACGGACAGACUGGA